GUAGCGUGGCGAGGGCGGAGCGUAUGACGUCGAGCUGAAGCUCGAGCUGUUUAUUGUUCCUUCCUGAGCACCGACAGAGAAAAACAAGCUGUCAGCUACUCAUUUGAUACGGUUCACGGCCCGUUUUACUAAGGUGUAACGGUUAAGAAAGCUGACUGUACAAAGCAGGUGCUAUGGCGUACGCGUACCUCUUCAAAUACAUCAUCAUCGGAGACACAGGUGUUGGAAAGUCGUGUCUAUUACUACAGUUCACAGACAAGAGAUUUCAGCCGGUUCACGACCUCACCAUCGGUGUGGAGUUUGGAGCGAGGAUGAUCACUAUAGAUGGCAAACAGAUCAAAUUGCAGAUCUGGGAUACGGCCGGCCAGGAAUCGUUCCGCUCCAUCACCCGGUCUUACUACAGAGGAGCAGCAGGAGCCCUGCUAGUCUAUGACAUCACAAGAAGGGACACCUUCAACCACUUGACAACCUGGUUAGAGGAUGCUCGCCAACAUUCCAACUCCAAUAUGGUCAUCAUGCUCAUCGGCAACAAAAGUGACCUGGAAUCGAGAAGAGAAGUGAAGAAGGAGGAAGGUGAAGCUUUCGCCAGAGAACAUGGACUUAUAUUCAUGGAGACCUCAGCCAAGACGGCCUCUAAUGUAGAGGAGGCUUUCAUCAACACAGCAAAGGAGAUCUAUGAGAAGAUCCAGGAGGGAGUGUUUGAUAUCAACAAUGAGGCUAAUGGUAUUAAGAUCGGACCCCAGCAUCCCACCACCAACUCCACACUGUCCAGUAGCCAGGGAGGCCACCAGGCUGGAGGAGGCUGCUGCUGAAGCCCUGAGACAUGCGUCCCCCUCACCCUGCCUCCCUUUAAUUGUAACCCCUCCUCCUCCUCCUCUUCCCUGCCCUCUCCCCCCUCCCUCCUUUUUGCAUUUCUACAGAACUGUCUCAGCCCACUAACAGUUUGUUCACCUGUCUCUCUACCACUUUAUUCUUUCAUCGUCCAUCCUUGUGUCCCGAUUCUCGAGGAUCCCACUGGGGUUUGGCAGAAAACCGCCCCCCCAACACCAAACCUUCCUUCUGCAGUCCUAAAAAAAACGUACUCACUAAAAUCAGAAAUCACCCUUUUUUUCUUUCAUCAUAUUUUUACAUUUUUAUUUUAAGAAACAAUCUUGGUUUACUUCAGAGAUUUUUGAGGUGUUUCAGCGCCUCCAAAAACGACGAGGCCCUCUUUGGUGUUUGAGCUGACUUUGUCUAGACAGAGAAAGGACUGGCAGAAGAAGGUAACCGCUCUUAAUGGCUGACUGUAUGGAAGGAAACCCGGCACAGUGUUGUGUCUAUAUGCACAUCUGUACGUGUUAUUUUCUAUUUUUUUUGUUUUGUUUUGAUGGCGGGACGUGUUCCCACAUGCGGAGUCAGUCUCCAUGCUGUGCCUGUGUGUGUAUAGAGACUCCAGGGUGUCAGUUUGUCAGGUCUGGGAGGCGUUCAAGUCACUUUGUAUUAUUUAUCCAUAAAGAAAAGUGCAAAUCACUUCAUUUUUGUUCCUCCUUCCCCAGCAUUUUCUAUUUAUUAACAUCAUGUUACUUUGUUCGGCUCCAGUGUCUCGGAACAUUUGUAGUUACUUAACACUAAAACUGGUUGUGACUUAAAAAAAUGUGUUUUAAAACCACCUGGGUAGAGAAUAAAAGACCAAACUGUUGAGUGUGAAAAGAGAUCCUUUUGAAAGAGUGAGGACGGCUGAGAGGGAUGUUUGCCACCAAGAAGGAGAAAAUUCAAAGGAACCUGGUUUUUUCCUUUUUUUUUUUAAUUAAAUAUAAACUAUCAGGCACGUUUCUGUGUAUAUAUGGCUCUUUAGGUUUCUGUGGCUGUUUGGGUGUUAAAGAUGAAGCGCGGCAUGUUAUUGUGGUCCUGUUUUCGUCUUUACCGGCUACUGCUCUGAGCCUUUAAACAGCUUUUUAGCAUUUUUAACCAAGUCUCAUUGAAACCCGCGGCUGCCCUGCAACGUUGGGGUCGGUGGUGCCCUUUUUUUUAAAUGACAAGUAUGAAUGAUAACAGGCUGUUAACAGGACAGAGCAGAGGCAUUGAAAGUCCCUGGUGGGGGAAAAUGUCAGAGCUUCUCCCUUUUAAACAAGAUUUCCACCAGGAAUUAGCUGGCAGACAUGUAUGUAACAUUUGGAGCUUGAUGGACAACCUUCCGCGGUGUUUGUUUGUUUGUUUUCUUUUGCUUUGAGAUCUCAGAUGUAAUAGAGGCCGAUUUAUUUUAUUUUUUAUUAUGAGCAUAUUGGCUGCUUUGGUUACUCGUCAGGCGCCGCCCCCGUCCCCAUCCUUAUCUCCUGCUCUUGCACUGUGCGGUAACGACGGCUCUUUACUCAUUUUUCAUGCCAAAUGAUUGUGUUUACCUGUGUUUUGAUAGAGUAACGUGGUGAAACAGCUAAACUCGUAUAGCCUGACCUGAAAAUCAGCUGUCUGCCUUAACUCUAAUCGUCUGAGAUCUGGGCCGCUGUAAAGAAGAAGGAAAAAACAAAAACACAAUGAUCCUUUAUCUCCAGAAAGGCGUUUUAUCGCUAACUAGUAUUCCACAUGCGUAGACGCACACUUAAGGAGAUGAUGUCCUAGAAAGCGGCCUAGUGUGAACGUUCUUAUAAAUUGGGGCAUUUGAAAGUAGCCUAAACCCAUGUUUUGUUUUGUUUUCCACCCCACCCCCCCUCCGUGCACGCGUACCCACCCAUCCUGCACACAGCAUGCAGGCCUGGGUGAUGCAUUCAGAGACCCCCGUGUAUUUAGCCGAGCUGUGUGUUCUCUCCAGCCUAACUGUAUAAAUCGUUUCUGGUUUCACAGCAGUGCGAGUGAAUCUGUUUUUCCCUUGGCAGUGUGCUCCUCUUAAUUGAGUUUAUUUUCUAAAUUUAUAGAUAUAUAUUCAGCUGGUUAUUAAUCUUAUUCUGAUGAUGGUUAUUCUUUGUAAAGCAACAUGUAGUGUAUGUGCGUGCGUGCGUGUGUGUGGACCCCCGAGGGGUCGGUAACGGGGGGGGAGGAUCAAGCCAAACCUGAAGCAUCCUAUGUACCUAUCUAUCUAUGGAUUGAUCUAUCUUAUAUUCGUGGUCCUCCUCUUGUCGCUCCUCCCUCCUCCCGCCUCUCCUCCCGCCCCCUCAACAUUAUUUGCUGUGUUUGUUCUUUGGAAAAAAUAAAACUUUAAAAAAAAAAAAAAGGAAAAAAGAAAAUGCUAUCACAAUAAACUAUAAUAAAA